AUUUUAUUAAAUGUGAUAAUAAAACUAUUUUGAACUUAAAUAUGAACUUCUUUCAGUAUUCCGAGGCGAAUCCAGUUUGUGUUACUGGAACAUCAUAUUUAAGUGAUAGACGAAGCCUUGUUAUUCCUUCAUCAGUGGCUAGAGUAACAGCCGAUGUUGAUACCCUGCCACCCUUGCCCCCACAACCUCAAGAUCUCCAACACGCGGCUCCUCAAGAUUUCAUCUCCCCAGUUCGCCGCACGCAAUCUCCACGACGAACAACUCCACGCCGUAGGCGGCGAUUGAUACCUGCGUCUCCACCUUCUCAGAGGCGGUCACAGCUUACCAGCCUCACUGAUCGCUUCCUGAGAGUGGAGGAGCAGCGGUUAGAAUUAGAUAGCAGAAGUGUAGCUGUAUUAGAAAAUAUGGCUAGACUAAUGAGGGAAUUCUUGCAACGAGACCAAGAUACGUGUCAUGAGGUUAGCCAGGGAUUGCUGGCUGUAGGGGAGGGAUUAAAAUUAUUAGCCGAAGCAUUAAAAAAAUAA